AAAAUGGAACUACGUAUCUCGUGAUCACGACCUGAGUGUGGUCAGAGAGCAACAACUUGCAGCAGAGGCAGGACAAGUCAUCAGCAUGAGUGAAAGCAAUCAGAGUGUUGACAGCGAAGAAACGCCAAUGGAGGUGGAUUCUGCGCCAGAUGCAAAACAUCAGCCUGUUGAUAACAGGAAUGAUGACAGUGGCAAAAAAAACGCCAAAGAAGAUGCCUUUGCUGCCACUGGAACAAGUCCUACAGCCAAUCUCAUCCAUGGAAACGAUCCCACGGCCAAUGAGGGCGCCAUGACGGCCAGUGCAGAGGCCCAGACAAAGGGCAAACAUUUUCAGGAGGACCUGAGUAGAGCAGACAGCCCUUGGGCAUGUAUGGAGGCUAAGGUGGAAUGGCCUACGGAUAUACCAGAAAGCAAACGUAAAGUCGAACUACAGAAAGCUGUUCAGUCACUGCUGAAUAAACCAGAGAAAAUAGAUUGUAAUUUGGAUUUCCGGAAAGAUGAGCCCAUCUCAUUUUUCUGGGUACAACCCCCAUCAGUCAUGGAUAAGCUGAGAAAGGAGAAAGAAUUGACAUUUAAGAAUUCUGAAGCUAAAACAACCAGAGUGCGCUUUUCACCUGCACCAUCUGCACCACCUGGACCACCUCCAUACUCAGAAGUCAUGCAACAAAAGCAGAAUGCAAAUGCUUUGCCAAUGCCAGUGGGGGCCAUUAAGAAGGAGGAAUUAAAUGGAAAGUUCCCUCGGUUGGAGCAAGAGACUGCUAUUAGGAGCAAUCGCAUGGAAACUAAUGAGAGCACUACCUUCAGCCAAGGAGAUACCCUGGUGGAAAAGGAGAGUUUAACUGUCCCUCUGUUCCAAUACUGGCACAUAACCACUGCUUGCAAUCAGGAGAUCGACCAAAUCCAGAGAAGGAAUGGAGUAGACAUCAUAGGACAGGCUUCAGCGUCAAUCAUGGCACCAGUGCAUAAAGACGGCAACGAAUCUGCUGUACUGAGGGCCAAAGACGAGUUUACAAGCCUUGUCCAGAAGUAUGCUCAUGACAUCCACAGUAUCUCUGUUCAUAUUGCCAGCCUGGACCAGGGAAAACUGGUGGAGAUGCUGAGAGAGAUUCAGAGAGACAAAUGCAGGCUGGUGCUGAGCGUGUCCUCAAAGGGCUGCCAGAUUUCUGGCCCAAAAGACAGCCUGGACCAGUUCCAAAGAAAAUGGAGUUUGAAGACCUACACACAGGAUUCAGAAAUGGCCUUAGAGACGACUUUGGAUAUGGACCUCCGGGAUCCUCUGGAGGAACAGGGGCUGAGCAUGCAUUCAUUCCACUGGGAUUUUAUCAAAAAGGUCUUUGAAAAGCAGGUGUUGGCUAUCCAGCAGAAAUUUGGGAUGGAGUUUGUCGCAGUGCCCGCUGGAGAUGAGGUGAAUGUGAAAGCGGUGUCAACCGGAGACCCGAGGUUCCCCCUGGCAUGCCACGCUCUGAAAGCCCUGGAGCAGCUCUACCAGAAAGGAGCCACUGACAUGCAGGCCUGUCCUCUGGAGAACCCCAAUCACAAGAAGGUGGAGCAGAUCAAGAGUUUCUUCGAUAAAAUCCGUAAUAGUCACCCAUUUGUAGCAACAGGGGAAGCUAACGGCCCCUGGAGGCUGGUUGGCUUGGCUGAGCAUCUGUGGCCAGCUGUGGAGGCACUGGAAUGUGAGCUGGGCGAACCCGUCUUCAACAAGAAGAUGAAGCUGCAGCUGCAGGGUCUGAAGUCCUCUCCCAGCGUGUCACAAGGGGCCACUGCGAGUCAGGCAGGAGUCCCUGAAGAGGAAAACUGUCCCAUCUGCAUGGACACAUUUACAAACAAGACGACAUUAGGCUGUAAGCAUGAGUUCUGCAUGGACUGCUACAACAAGUCAGCGAUGAUCAUGGGCCCCUGUUGCCCUGUGUGUAAAGUUGUAUUUGGAAAGAUUGUGGGGACCCAGCCUGAAGGUUCAAUGACUUGGCAGUGUUCGACAUACAGACUGCCAGGAUUUUAUGACUGUGGCUCCAUUGAGAUUGCAUAUGAUAUUCCUAGUGGCACACAGACGCAAAGGCAUCCGAAUCCAGGGAGGCCAUUCACUGGGGCCCACCGAUUGGCUUAUUUACCAGACAACACUGAGGGUAAUGAGGUUUUAAAGCUGCUGAAGACUGCAUUUGACCAGAAACUUAUUUUCACUGUGGGAACCUCCACCACAACAGGAAGUUCUAACACAGUCACCUGGAAUGACAUUCACCACAAGACCAGUAGACAUGGAGGACCUCAAGGCUUUGGAUACCCAGACCCUGACUACCUGAAGAGAGUUAAGGAGGAGCUGAAAGCCAAGGGCAUUGAAUAAGGAGGACCUUGGCCCAGCAUCUGCACUGUUCUGUACAGAUGCUUCUGAAUGAUGUCAGACCUAUUGGGCUUGUCUGCACAUAGCAAUAUUGACAGGGAGAGACUGGAACUGUCUAUGGUUUAAAAACUGGGAUUUAACUAAGAUAGGUUUUGGUUUUGGAUAUCAGAACAUAAUUGUUUUUCAAAAGACGCAAAAAUGUUAUUUAAUGACAUGAUUAUCACACACACACAGUCAUGGGCACUCACGUGCACACACACAUUAAAGGCCAGUUUCACAGACACAGAUUAAGCCUGAGACUAAAUUCAAUUUUGAAUUGAGAUAUUCCAUACAAAACUCACUUCAGUCCAGGACCAGGCAUAAUCUGUGUUUGUGAAACUGGCCCUAUUUGUGUUGGGGGGGCUUGGAUGUUUAUUUCAUACACAAAUCUGUUAACUUGAGAAGAAAAGCAUUCUCACAUGUGCUUCAUUCAUUGUGUGCAUAAUUAUUGCAUUUCCUGAAUAAUUCUGCAUUGAUUGUCAUUUAAUAACUGUAUCACUGUAUUUGUAACAUUGAUAGUAUGCCACCCUACUAGACAUUCUUGGACUUGUAUAGCCUGGGGCUCCCUGAAUCACUGUCACGUUUGACCCUAUUCAUAACUUGCGUCUUUAUGAGGACAGACCAGUUGGCUAUGAUAAUGGCUUUGAAUGAAUGCUUAGAAAUUCUGCUUGGAUUGGUUACUGCCAUAUAAACAUAAUUUUAAUCAGGUUUGUUCUUUCAGUUUACAAAACAUAUUGCAGAUUCUCCUGAAAUGAUUCUUUAACUAUAAUAUUCCACAGUGCUUUUUGUUUACUUUCUGUUGUUAAUUAUAUGGUUCUUGAUUUAAAAAAAAAAUUUGAUUGUAAUUAUGCAUUAUCUUGUAUU